CGUGAUACUCUCAAUCAGCAAGGUGUCGUGGUUCCUUGUGUCAGCCCGUAUAACACCCCAGUGAACCCGGUCCCAAAACCGGAUGGCACAUGGCGCCUCACUCAAGACCUACGUAAAAUAAAUGAACUCAUCGUUCCCGUGGCUCCAGUGGUCCCUGACGUUCCUUCUCUUAUGUCUUCUAUUCCGUGUGACCAUGCUUAUUUCUCUGUGAUUGAUUUGUGCUCUGCCUUUUUCAGUGUUCCUGUGGGCCAUGAGACUCAGCCCCUGUUUGCUUUCACACACAGGGGAAGACAAUACACGUGGACGCGGUUGCCACAGGGUUUCAUUGACUCACCGGCGGUCUUCACUGCCGUAUUGCGGGACGCGCUGGCUGAUCUCUGUCUUCCCCGGGGCUCCACGGUGCUCCAGUACGCGGAUGAUCUCCUGAUAACGGCGGAGGAUCAAGGCGCUUGUGCUGCCGCCACAUUGUCUCUCCUCACACUCCUGGCGCAGAAGGGUUUCAAGGUCUCCCGCACGAAGUUGCAGUUUUGCCUCACAACUGUUCGCUACUUGGGACAUGACCUCUCCCAGGGUUCCAGGAGGCUUAGCCCGGAACGCGUUCAAGUCAUUAUGGACACUCAGGCUGCGGAGCUCUAUGCUUUGACUCGUGCAUGUAUUUUGGCUCAAGACACAGACGUUACUAUUUACACCGACUCACGCUACGCUUUCGGCGUGGCGCACGACUUCGGCCGCAUUUGGGCGUCUCGGGGGUUUACGACAGCCGACGGUAAGCCCAUUUCUCAUUCUUCACUUGUUACUGAUUUAAUCACCGCCUGUCUCCUUCCGUGCACGUUGGCCAUUGUUAAGACACGCGCGCACACAAGAGGGGACUCAUUUGAAGUAAAGGGCAAUUCAUUCGCUGAUCAAGUCACUAAAGCUGCAGCCGCAUUCGGUGUCCUGCCUCCAGGCUUUAAUUGCGCUUUAGUUUCUACUGAUCGCAUGGUUAGCGCUGUCUUACCUGACAUAGAUCUCAUUUCUAUCCAGGCCUCGGCCUCUGUGGCAGAUACGCAGUUCUGGGACGCCCAGGGCGCGACAGAGAAGAGUGGCGUUUUGCUUGACGCACAGGGCCGUCUUUGUUUACCUCGUCACUGUACUCCCUUUCUCGUCCGCGAGUUCCAUGGUCCCACUCAUCGCGGCCGAAGAGGGGUAGUGGAGGAUAUGAACAGAACAUUCUGCAUCAAUAAUUUGCACACAGACGCACACAACAUUCUGGACAAGUGUUUAACGUGCGCCCAGAAUAAUCUAUCUAAACCAGGCGCGGUACAUCAGCACCUUCCCAUACCCGACACGCCUUUCCAAGAAUGGCAGAUCGACUUCACUCACAUGCCAAAGCAGGGCCCGUUCAAAUACCUUUUGGUCAUGAUUGACAAAUUUUCACGGUGGAUUGAGGCUUUCCCGUGUAGCAAAGAGAACGCCCGAACAGCAGUGAACAAACUUACACAGGAAAUUAUCCCACGUUACGGUCUUCCGGUAGGAAUUGACUCUGAUAAGGGAACGCCGUUCACCUCUAAGGUAACGCAGGAGCUAUGUAAAGACCUCAAGAUCAAUUGGCGUUUUCAUAUCCCAUACCAUCCACAGUCCUCUGGCAUUGUGGAGCGCGCGAAUAGAACGAUUAAGGGUAAGUUGCGUAAGGCUAUGCAAGACGCAGGCACGAAAAAUUGGGUCCAGGUUUUACCGUUGGUCCUCGCUGAUAUGCGCAUGACUGCUCAGGUCGCUCUCGACAAUUUAUCUCCGUACGAGCUCGUCAUGGGACGCCCCUUUCCUGUCCCUUGGCGUAGAGGCAUGCAGGUUAUAGGAACGGGUGAUCUUGAAGUACAUCUCAGCGAGUACGCGGUGGGUCUCAUGCGGGUGCUGGAUGAGUAUUGGGCGAGAGUAAAUUCCAAAAAGCCUCCCAUUCCAGAGGCACACACUCACCCCUUUGAGGUAGGGGACAGAGUUUUAGUAAAGAGAUUCGGUAAACUAAACGCUCCCAUGGAGGAGUCACCCUACAGUGGGCCCACCGAUGUACUCGCUGUAACUCGCACGGCUGUGCUAACGGACCUUUUUCCACAGUGGAUCCAUGCCAGCAGAAUAAAGAAGGCUCCAAUGUAAUAGAAAUCUAUAUUGUUGAUGCUUAACAGAC